GAAAGAGAGGGCGAGCAUUGACACCGAGAUAAAGCGCUUCAUUGCCAAAAAAGCUGAUCUCCUUUUUGCUCACUCGUGGAAACCCAAUGGACCUCUCUCUGACACGAUCGAAGAAAAUGAAGAGUAUUAUGCUGUUAUGCCUCCCCUGGAACGGUUCAUGGAUGUUCCCAGGGAAGACAGGAGAGAAUUAUUUUUUCGAGACAUCGAACGUGGUGAUAUUGUGAUUGGGAGGAUUACUUCUAUUCGUGAAUUUGGCUUUUUCAUGGUGUUGAUUUGUCUGGGAAGUGGUGUCAUACGGGAAAUUUCAGAUUUAGAAAUCACUGCUCUUUGUCCUUUGAGAGAUGUGCCUUCUCAAAGCAACCAUGGAGAUCCUUUAUCUUAUUAUCAAACUGGAGACCUUAUUCGAGCUGCAAUCAAGGACAUUGAUCGUUAUCAUGAGAAGCUGACGGUGUCACUUUACAGCUCAGCUCUUCCACCCAACCUUUCCAGUACAAAACUAGGGGUAGUUACUUCCGAUGACUUCCCAUUACAUUAUAGGCGAAGCAUGGAAGUUGCUAAUACAGGAGAGACAUUUGAAGAGGUUUUGCAUCGUUCACCAGGAUUCGCUAAUCCAUCAUUAGUUGAAUAUUUAGCAGAAAAACUAGGACUAAGUGAGUCAAAUCCACCGUCUUUGAUGCGAAGUCUUCAAAUUAAAAAUUUCAGUGAAGAAGAUUUUGCACCUGCAUUGAGGAAAAAGCAAUCUGCAUCUUGGGCCUUGAAAUGCGUGAAGGCUGGGGUUGAUUAUUUUAAGGUUGGGCGCCAUGUGGAAGCCAUGAAUGAGUACAACAAGGCUUUGGAAAUUGAUCCACAAAAUGUUGAAGCUUUGGUAGCACGUGGAGCUCUGUACGCAACAAAAGGAAGCCUGAACAAAGCCAUAGGUGAUUUUGAAAUUGCUUUAGAAAACUGUCCUAGCCAUAGAAAUGCAAGAAAGUACCUCUGCCAGACACUUGUGGAAAGAGGCGGGCAGUUGGAAGAGGAAGACAAACUACUGAAUGCUGAGAAUUAUUACAAAAAAGCCUUAAGUUUGGAUGAGACUUUUCAGGAAGCUGAAGACGCCUUAACAAAACUCCGUAAGCAUAUGCAGAAAUCUUUGGAAAUGAGGGAGAAACAAGCUGCCAAAGAAGAGAGACAGAAAGAAAAGAAAGUAGAAACAAGUGCAGAAAAAUUGCGUAAGCUCUUAAAAGAAGAAAAAAGGUUGAAGAAGAAAAGGAAGGUAUCAGCUUCUUCCUCCUCCUCUUCCUCCUCCUCAUCAUCGAGUGAUUCUUCAUCAGAUGUAUCAAUUUCUUCUUCCUCCUCUUCCUCUGGUCACAAGAAACGUAGGAAAAAGCAUCGGAAUAGAUCAGAGUCUGCCCACAGCUCCAAAAAAUGCUCAUCUAGAGCUUCUUCCCAUUAUAAAGAUCAGAUUAGGAAAGAAGAGUGGUAUUCGCCUCCGGCUGAUACCUCUGCUUCCUUUCUUAACCAAAAUUUUGAAGUGGAAAAGCUGCUGGAAAGGCAGGACAGCUUAGUGUGUCCAAAAACAGAGGUAAAAGAGAAAGACAGACACUGGUCUUUUUCGAGGACUUCAGGUGAUGAUGAAGACACUUUUGGAGGUAGGUCUGAAGAUUCAAGAGAUUCUUACAGUAGCUCCAGAACUCUGCCAAGUAGUAGCAAAACUGAAAAAUAUGGCAAAACAGAUAGAUUUUUCUCCAGUUGGAGGGGUUCUUCAGGUUCAUAUCAUAAGUCAGAUGAUAAACCCAGGAUGCGUUAUUUUAGGAAAUUCGAAAGGGACAUAGAGGGGAGAAAAGAGCAGUUUAAAAAACACAGCUCCGGUCAAGACAGGUAUUAUAUGUCUCCAGCAGGGUCUGACUAUUCUGGCAAGUCGGUGGGAAAGUACAGAUUGUAUUCUAGCACCUGCUUACGUGAAGGUGAUAAAAGUUACGAUAGUGAUAGGCAUGCGUUAAGUCAGCAUAAAAAUGAAAGCGAGUAUAAGAAUAGGAAAAGAAGUUAUGAGGAGACUAAUGAAACAAAGGAACCAGAUGAGGAAACGUCUUUAAAUGGUACAGCACAAACAGAAGGUGGCAUUAAAAGAAACCUGCCCCAGAACUUAGUUAACAUAUUCAAUCAAAUAGCUGAGUUCGAGAGGGAAAAAGGAAGUAAGCAAAAGAAACAGUAAAGUACCUAAGAAAACACUAUUCUGAUAAGUGUAGUUAAAUGAACUUUUGCCUGAGUAUCUCUUCAGGAAAUGCGUAUGAAGAGUGAUAGAAAGGCAGGGUUUGCUCUGUCUUGCAGAGUGUCAAAGAAUUCUUUAAAGAUUGUAUGGUGGAAAGAGAUGCAAGGCUAUCUUACAUAAAAGUUAUUAUUUAAAGCCCGAGUUUCCUGUGCUCUUAAUUUGGGGUGUGCCUGUACAAUAUUCUCUCUCUGAUGGGUUGAAAUACUUUGAUAGCCCUGGACUGUAGUUAGCUGUAACUCACAUCAAAUACGCACUUUAACA